AUGGCCGAGUCCUCAACCACUGGCGGGGAUGCCCCACGUACGGCCACCCUCCCGGCCACCCUGCUCCUCCUGUGGUAUCCCAUUAGCAAACAGCUUCUUAUCACACCCGACCAGCUGAUCGGACAAGAUUACACGGGAGGAAAGGGUAGACACACGCGCACCAUGGUACAGCACAUUCAUGCUUGGAACUCGAACCCCUCGCGGUUUGGUCUGGCUUCCGCAGCCAGCCUGUCGGGGAGGCGCCCGAGGAUGUCCCCUCCAGAUAACGAGAUCUAA